GGCCGGCCCUGCGGGUGGUCAGCGGGCCGAGCGACCUAAAGCAAGUUACUCUCACUUGCAAACAUGGGAAUACCCUGUUUCAUCUGAUCCGAAACGAUAUUGAUUAUGAAACGUGCUUUUAUGUCAUACGCUGCCGAGGGAAGGGUGCCGCCCACGCCCAGCUUCAUCGCAAGAUACCGCCUGAUUUCAGCAACUGUUACAUGUUAAAAAAAUAAAUAAAAGUAACUGAUGAAAGAUUGCAAUAGGAAGGGACUUUGGAAGGAAGAGGCGGCGCUGGAUUUGGGCCCCAAAGAGUAGAUAAGAUUUGGAUAUGUAAGCAGGAAACAAAGGUGGGGUGAGGAGUGUCCCGGUAAUAGGAGACUGAACUGCAGGAAGGAAGGAAUGGGGCAGGGAAGACAUUAUUGCUUUUUGUUAUUAAAUGAGCGUCCUGGGUUUAUCAUAACAGCAGGUGCUUACAAGUUCCUGUGUCACCUCAGUUAGGGUGUCGGCUCCUUGGGGGCUCAGACACUAUUCUCAAUACCCCACCCUGGUACGUAGUGUGAAUGUUUGUCGAGUGAGUUAAUGUGUUAAGUUAGGCUACUCUGAGUUUGGAGAGUAGCCUAGUUUCUUGCCCAGUAAAAUAUUUUUUACAUAGAAAUUGAUUUUCACCUUUUAAAAACGUUCCUGAUCACAACGGGCCUUGCUGCCAGGUGACUUGAAGUAGUCAGGGCCAGAUGGAUUCCAGAUUCCUCCCUUUAAACCGCACCAACCCCUCACCCAAGGUUUUACUACUGGUGGUUCUUACCGCUAGUUAAUCGGUGCCUUCUACCACUGACCAGGCAUUUAAAAUGCAACAUCUUCAGAUUCAUUUAAUGGAUGUUUAUUACGCAUCCUCUGUGUUAGGCAGUGUGCUAGGAGCAGAGGAUAAGCAGUGACAAAACAGGCAAAAAUUCCCCCUCAUGGAGCUUACGUUUCUAGUGGGGAAAGGUGCAGCAGUGCUUAAAGCAGGUGCGAGAGAGCUUGCUGAGGACCCACAGAGCUUUAGAUGUGUAAAAGAACUCGGCCUUCUGUUAAUCUCCAGAUUGUCAGAUGGCAAACGUGUAAAGGCAUGUAGAAUGUCAGCUUUGAUUCACGUGCAUGAGGCUCAUCUUUUUUAUUUCUGUUACUAUUUUCAGAAGAUGAGUUGAAUCUUCUAGUUAUCAUAGUUGAUACCAACCCGAUUUGGUGGGGGAAGCAAGCACUAAAGGAAUCCCAGUUUACUUUAUCAAAAUGCAUAGACGCAGUGAUGGUGCUGGGGAAUUCUCACUUGUUCAUGAAUCGUUCCAACAAACUGGCUGUGAUAGCGAGUCACAUUCAGGAAAGCCGCUUCCUGUAUCCUGGGAGGAAUGGCAGACUUGGAGACUUCUUCGGGGACCCUGGUAACACUCCCGCUGAACUCAAUCCCUCGGGGAGUAAGGACGGAAAGUACGAGCUGUUGACAGCCGCAAACGAAGUUCUUGUGGAGGAGAUUAAGGAUCUGAUGGCUAAGGGUGACCUAAAGGGUCAGCACACGGAAACUCUGCUGGCAGGAUCGCUCGCCAAAGCUCUGUGCUACAUUCACCGAAUGAACAAGGAAGUUAGAGAUCAUCAGGAAAUGAAGUCAAGGAUAUUGGUAAUAAAGGCAGCAGAGGACAGUGCGCUGCAGUAUAUGAAUUUCAUGAAUGUCAUCUUCGCAGCACAGAAGCAGAAUAUUUUGAUCGAUGCCUGUGUUUUGGACUCCGAUUCAGGACUCCUCCAACAGGCUUGUGAUAUCACAGGGGGACUGUACCUGAAGGUGCCUCAGAUGCUCUCCCUCCUGCAGUAUCUCCUGUGGGUUUUUCUCCCUGAUCAGGAUCAGAGGUCUCAGUUAACUCUCCCGCCCCCCAUUCACGUCGACUACCGGGCUGCGUGCUUCUGCCACAGGAACCUCAUUGAAAUUGGCUAUGUCUGUUCUGUGUGCUUGUCCAUCUUCUGCAACUUCAGUCCCAUCUGCACCACCUGCGAGACGGCCUUUAAGAUCUCUCUGCCCCCCGUACUGAAGGCCAAGAAAAAGAAACUGAAACUCUCCACAUGAUGAUGAAACUUUUUCCCGUCUCCUUGCGUGUGUGUGGAAACUGUGUGUGCAGGGGACUCUCUGUAGGGAGGCUCUGAAGAACACACAGAUUCGUGGAAGAAUCUUUAGUGGUUUCUUACAGGUGCAGUUGUAAAAGGCGCCCUUGUCCCGUCCUCCCGGGGCUGGGUCACC